AUGGGGUUAACAUCAAAAUUAGACAAAUUAAAAUUGAAAUCAUCAUCUGAUGAAAAGGUUGAUAAACCGGCAAAAAUGGAUAAUAAUAGUUCCACUAAUACCAACACGUCAUCCAAUUCAAUUGAAGAUAAUACCGAUGAUAUUGAUGAAUUAGAUAACGAAGGACAAUCGAUAUUAAUGGGGAUUAUAUCACAAUUGAGACCCGGAAUGGAUUUAACUAAGAUCACUUUACCUACAUUCAUCUUAGAGAAGAAAUCAAUGUUAGAAAGAAUCACUAAUUUCUUCCAAAUUCCUGGAAUAUUAUUAGAAGCUAAUGAUGAAGAUGAUGAAUUAAAGAGAUUUUUAUUAAUGGUUAAAUGGUAUUUAGCAUCAUGGCAUAUAGCUCCAAAAGCUGUUAAGAAACCAUUGAAUCCAGUGUUAGGGGAAGUGUUCACAUGUUAUUGGGAUAAUUUACCUGAAGAUAAAAAAGCUUAUUAUAUAUCAGAGCAAACAUCUCAUCACCCACCAAAAUCAUCAUACUUUUAUUUAAUUCCUGAACUGAAAAUUAGAGUUGAUGGGAUCGUCAUACCAAAAUCCAAAUUUUUAGGUAAUUCAUCAGCUGCAAUGAUGGAAGGUUGGGGUCAUGUUACAUUAGGUGAAAGAGAUAAUGAACUUUAUUUAAUGAAUCAACCCAAUGUUUAUUGUAGAGGUAUACUUUUUGGUAAAUUAAGAUAUGAAUUGGGUGAUCAUAUGUAUGUUAAAUGCCCAACCACUGGAUAUGAAGCCGAUAUUGAAUUCAAAACUAAAGGAUUCAUUAGUGGAACUUAUGAUGCAAUUGAAGGAACAAUUAAAAAUAAAGAUGGUGAUUUAUUAUAUAACAUAUCGGGAAAAUGGAAUGAUGUAAUGGAAAUCAAAGAUACUAAAACUGGUAAAAAGGAAGUAUUCUUUGAUGUCAAAUCAUGCACAAAAUCCAAACCUCAAGUUAAACCAUUAGACGAACAAUGGGAUUUUGAAUCUCAAAAAUUAUGGAAAGAUACUAUUGAUGCUUUAAGUGAUAGAAAUCAUGAAUUGGCCACUGCUGCUAAAUCAAAAGUUGAAGAUAGUCAAAGACAAUUAGCUAAAAAGAGAGUUGAAGAUGGAGUUUCAUUCCAUCCAAGACUAUUUCACGAAGUCAAUGAUGAUGAUAAAUUGAAUCAAGAUUUAGAAUAUUUACUCUACAAACAUUUAGAUUUAAGUGAUGACGCUGAAACUUUAGAACAAAAAUUAUUUCAAGUCUUACCUAUAUUACCAGGUCAAGAAUUUGAUGAUAAAUUUCAUAUUCCGGCUUUCAAAAAAAAGUCUUCUUCUUAA